AUGGUUACUCAAACUCCAACUGGUUUCAUUGUCCUCCCCAAUGUUGCAGCAGUUGAAGAUGUAUUAUUCAAUUCUCCAUCAGAUCAAACGAUUGUAUUCUAUUUUACUGAACCAAUUUGUCCAGGAUGUGAUACCAUUCAUAAUCGACUCUGCCAAUGGACUACUUUGUUUCCAACUGUCAAGUUUUAUCAAAUCAAGACUGAGAUCCCAGGUAUUACUACUCACCAAUCUACCGAUAUUUAUUAUCCACUUCCUUGUAUCAAGACUUUUAAGGAUUAUCCAAGCUUUUAUAAUCGCAUUACCAAAAGAAAUGGUGUUAAUACAGGUUUAUAUGAAUCUGAUAUCAACUAUGCCUUAUCUUUGUAA